AUGGACAUGAAUGCCACCAUGUCCUCCUACCAAGGCUCUGGCGCAAAUAGCCCCGCCAUCGGUCACGGCCCGAACAGCCAAUAUUCACAUCCGAUCGUCGGCACAUCCUUGACUGCGCCAGCCUCUCCCUCAGGUGCCUACACAGCCUCGGCACUCGCCUACGCCAAUGCUCAGCUAUCGCAGUACGCAUCCACAGGAGGCUCUGCAGCCCUUCCCGCUCAUCUCAACCCUCACGCGCUCAGUUCUGCCCUCUCCGACUACUCGAUCAGUCUGCCCAACUCGGCCGCCUCUUCACCCGGCGCAACUCCACGUCGCCUUCCAGGCACCGGCACAUCGACUCCAGGCGGCAACUCGCGUGUCGCGGCGAGCGCCAUCACGGGCAAGAGGCUCAACUGGAGCGAGAUGAUCUGCCAAACCAUCGCCGAGAGCGAGAGCGGUCGUCUGGUCAUCCAAGACCUUUUCGAAGGCAUGUGCUCCAAGUUCCCCGAGAUCCGCGAGUGGGCUUUCGGCAAGGAUUGGGAGGCUCGGGUAAAGAACCGUAUCAAGUCGACCCUCUCCAUCAAGGGAAACCUCUUCGUCAAAGUUCCUAGACCCAGCAGCGCCGCCGGAAAGGGCAGUUGGUGGACGCUCAGUCCCGAAGCGCAGGAGGCCUGGAAGACGGGCCGUGUGGCCAACGUCGUCAAGAACAAUGCACACAGUCGCGCAGGGAGCGCUGGCCCCAGCAGCAUCCACGGCUCGCCAGUCCGCACCGUCAGCUCCAAGUUCGGAACCUCGUCCCACGCGGCCAACCCGCCUUACCUCAUUCAAGGUCCACACACUCACCAGAACCUCAGUCAGCGCACCUCUCCGCUUGGCCUUGGUCUCAACCAGGCAGCCAACAGCUACGGCAGCCCGUUGGCCAACAACUUCAACUUUGCCGAUUCCCUCUCACUCGGCGCAGCGGCUCAGAACAGCGCCCUUCCAAGCAGUUUUGGCCUGGGCGGCGGCGACGACACGAACCUGAGCUUAGGGGGCCAGCAACCGUCGGCUCCAUCCAUGCAAGAUCAGGCGCAGAACUCCCAGGCGAACAUGGCCACUCAGAACUUUGCCAAUCUCGCCUUCAUGCAGAACAACAACGCUCCCCAGCCCCUCGGAACCGCGCAAAGCGUGCCGCACCUCGGCGGUCCGCAGUCCAUGCCCUUCCCGGCGCAGGGGCAGGACAUGUCGGACACCAAUCUGGCUCAGUUUGCCGACUUUAACAACGCCGACUACGCUGCCUUGUUUGCCGGAAUUCCGGGCUUUGACGCCAAUGCUUUCGCAGCUGCCAACAAUACCAAUAACAAUGGUCAGGUCAACAUGGGCAUGGGCGCAUAUCAGAUGGAGCAGAACAACCAUCCAUUCGGUGGCAGCAUUCCUGGUGCCUACACGCUUCUGCAAAAUCAGCAGCAGCAGCAGCAGCAGCAGCAGCAACAACAACAACAGCAGCAACCACAGCCGGGUCAAGCCAACAAUGCCGGGUAUCCCAACUUUGGGGCCAACCUCUAUGCGAGCUUUCAGCCAGGAUCUCAGCAGAUGCCUGGUCAGCCACAGCGCAACUUGAACCAGAACCAGAAUCAGAGUUCGCUCCAGGGCACACCUUUGCAGCAGCCCCAAUCUCUACCGUCGCAGCAGAGUCAGCCAUCUCCGCAGCAAGGCCAGCAGUCGCAAUCUCACCCAGGACAGCGGCAACAGCAACAGCCACCGCAGUCGCAGUCGCAACAACAACAGCAGGGCCAGAACAAUGGCAGCAGUUCGAACGGCAACAGCAGCGUCAGCGGUGUCACUCCUGGAUACAGCGGCAGCUAUCCUGGUUCGAGUCCGUUCCCCUCUGGCAACGGGCUGGAGGGUCCUUCACCAGCCGACUCGACGUGGUUCUCGUUCACUCCGCUUGUUCAGGCCAAUGACGGCAACGACGGCAACAACAGCUCAUCGGCGCUCGGGCAAUUGGGCGGCGAGGGAUCGCGCAAACGUCGAACGUCCGAAGGCUUGCGCGAUCUGACCGACUUCCAACUCCCACCACCUCAGUCUGGCUCCUAG